AUGAACACUAAAGCUAGCAUUCGUUUUCCUACAUUAGUCUUUUUAAGUUUCUUUCAUCUUUCUUUGGUUUCUUGCCUCAAAAUAAUAAGCCAUCAUGGUGGAAAUGGAUUUACUCUUGAUCUUAUCCACCGUGAUUCUCCUCUUUCACCUUUCUACAACCCAUCAGAUACUCCAUCAACCCGCCUUCGAAACGCCUUCCAUCGAUCAUUUUCACGGGCUUCUUUCUUCGAGAAAAAUUCCCUUGCUACUAACUACACAAUCCAAUCGGAUAUUUCUCCAAUUCCGGGAGAAUACCUCAUGAAAAUUUCCAUUGGAACUCCGCCAGUGGAAAUUCUAGCCAUAGAUGAUACAGGAAGUGACUUAACAUGGACGCAAUGCAAGCCUUGCUAUGAUUGUUUCCAACAAUCAGCGCCUCUUUUCGAUUCAAAUAAAAGCUCUACUUAUAAAACUGUGGGUUGUGACGCUGAAGAAUGUACAUCAAUUGGGGCUUCUUCUUGUCUGAGAGGAAAUAUUUGCCAAUAUCAAAUGGGUUAUGGUGAUCAAUCAUACACUAUUGGUGACCUUGCUUUUGAAAAAUUCACGCUUCCUUCUACUUCUGGCAACAACAUUGACAUUCCUAACAUUGUCUUUGGUUGCGGUCACAAUAAUAGUGGCACGUUUACGAACUAUACUUCUGGUAUUAUUGGCCUAGGUGGCGGUGAAGUCUCAAUUAUCAACCAAUUGGAUAAACAAAUCCAGGGGAAAUUCUCUUAUUGUUUAAUCCCAAUAUCAUUAGAAUCGUCAUUUUCCAAUGCCAACAGUCACAUCAACUUUGGCAGUAGUGCUACCGUGUUGGGCCCAAACGUCGUUUCAACUCCCUUGAUAAAAAAGGACCCGUCUACAUUCUACUAUCUAAAUUUGGAAGGUGUCAGUGUCGGGAAUAAGACGUUGGAAUUCAAAUCUUCUAAAAUUUCUCAUAUUGAUGGUGAAGAUCAAGGUAACGUUAUAAUCGAUUCUGGCACGACAUUAACGCUUCUCCCUAAUGAUUUUUACGUGAGUUUGGAAUCAACAUUGGUGGAUGUGAUCAAUGCUACUACAAAGGACGAUCCUUCCGGAACAUUUGGUCUAUGCUACGAGUCUGAGAAUGGCACUAUCGAUGCUCCAAUGAUUGUUGCACAUUUUACAGAUGCAGAUUUAGAGUUGUCGCCUUCGAGCACGUUUGCACAAGUGGAGGAAGGUCUGGUUUGUCUUACAAUAGUGUCAGCAGAGGAUGUUGCUAUUUUUGGAAACUUGGCGCAGGCGAAUUUCCUUAUUGGAUAUGAUCUUGUUGCCAACAAAGUCUCCUUCCAGCCAACUGAUUGCACCAAGUACUAA